AUACGUAGUAUCCCUAAGUAGUCUGAGGUUCUCCGUGAUAACUUCAAGCAGCGACUAGAAACUACUAUUUAACUUUAUAAAAUGUCGGGUGUCGUCACAGUAAAUACAAACCCCUACGAGGGCCAAAAACCGGGUACCAGUGGUUUGAGAAAAAAAGUUAAAGUUUUCCUCCAAGAAAAUUACACAGAAAACUUUGUUCAGAGCAUUUUGGAUGCUAACAAAGAUGCUAUAGUCGGUUCUACGCUGGUAGUAGGAGGCGAUGGAAGAUAUCUCGUCAAGGAGGUCGUGGAUAAAAUUAUAAAAAUUUCUGCCGGGAAUGGGGUAGCCAAGCUUAUGGUUGGUCAAAACGGCAUUUUGUCCACUCCGGCUGUGUCACAUUUAAUCAGAAAAUAUAAAACUAUAGGUGGCAUAAUCCUGACUGCAUCCCACAACCCGGGUGGUAUCAACAAUGACUUCGGCAUCAAGUUCAAUUGCGCUAACGGUGGCCCAGCACCGGACGGUACCACCAACCGCAUCUACGAUAUAUCCACAACCAUCAAACAGUACAAGAUUGUGCCGGAUAUCGCAUGCGAUAUCACCAAAGUUGGUGUGCAGAAGUUUAAGGUCGAAGACCGUGAGUUUGUGGUGGAGAUCAUAGACCCGGUGCAGGACUAUGUGGACUACAUGAAGGAGAUAUUCGACUUCCCCAAGAUCAAGAGUCUGCUGCAGGGCUCUGACCAACGCCCACCAUUCAAGAUACUUAUUGAUUCUAUGAAUGGAGUGACCGGCCCGUACGUGCGUCGUGUGUUCAUCACGGAGCUGGGUGCUAGCGAGGGCAGCGUCACUCGCACCACCCCGCUGGAAGACUUUGGCGGAGCUCACCCUGACCCCAACCUGACGUAUGCUGCUGACCUCGUCAACGCUGUGAAAAAUGGGGAUUAUGAUUUCGGAGCGGCUUUCGAUGGAGAUGGUGACCGCAACAUGAUAAUCGGUCGUGACGCCUUCUUCGUGACGCCCUCUGACUCCCUGGCGGUGCUGGCUAACCACCUGCACCACAUCCCGUACUUCCGCGGCGGCGUGCGCGGCCUCGCCCGCUCCAUGCCGACCGCCGCCGCCGUGGACAGGGUCGCACAGGCCAUGGGCCUGGAGAUGUUCCAGGUGCCGACUGGUUGGAAAUACUUCGGCAACCUGAUGGACGCUGGCCGCCUGUCUCUAUGCGGCGAGGAGUCCUUCGGCACCGGGUCCGACCACGUCCGCGAGAAGGACGGGCUGUGGGCGGCGCUGGCCUGGCUCAGCGUACUGGCAGUCGCCGGCAAGUCGGUCCGGGAGCUACUGGAACAGCACUGGCGGCAGUUCGGCCGGAACUACUUCACUAGAUACGACUACGAAGAGUGCCCGAGCGACCCGUGCAACGAGAUGAUGUCGGAGCUAGAACGCAGGAUGACCUCCCCGGGCUUCGUUGGGUCCACGCACAAGAGCGGGGACAAGACAUACACUGUUGAAGUGGCUGAUAACUUCUCAUACAUGGACCCUGUAGAUCGCAGCGUCGCUAUGAAACAGGGUCUCCGUAUCGUGUUCACUGACGGUUCCCGCGUCGUGUACCGUCUGAGCGGCACCGGCAGCUCUGGAGCCACUGUCAGGCUGUACAUAGACUCGUACGAGGCCAAGGACGUCCUCGGAGACGCCCAAGUGAUGCUGAAGCCGCUGGUAGACUUGGCGCUGGAGUUGGCUCAGCUGAGGAAGUACACCGGCCGCGACGCGCCCACCGUCAUCACAUAAUGUGGAUUAGAGGAGCGUUUUCACUGGACGUUAUCGGAUACGAUAUAUACGAUACGGUAUCGGACACGGUAUAUAUUUUUUUAUUUAUUUAUUUAAAUCAGUCUACGCUACGUAGACCAACAACAACCUUAAUAACUAACAUAUAUGCGAUACGUCAUACGAUAUGGAUUGAUAAGUUACAUGUGCGAUACGAUAUCAUUACAACAAAAACGUGAUUUUGUUCAAUCUAAAACAUAUUCCUGUAUGUUUUCUAGUCGUAACCGCUGCGGACAUCGCACAACAUAUUGUAUUAUGUCAGCCACAAGUGAUUCCGAUGUGAUUAUCUGAUACCGAUAUCGGACAAAGUGAAAACGCUCUAAAAGUUAUUAGUCAUUGAUACAAGGUACAAAAAUACUAUACAGUUUAUCGCAUGUGUCAUGCUAUAAUCGUGUAGAUCUGUUUAACGUUUUACCGCGUGACUAUAAAAUUAUCAUAAGAGAUAGUUCAAGACAUAGUUAAAUACUGUUUUGUAUUUUUGUACCGUGUCGAAGUUGAAUAGGGUCUAUGCAAUAUUUAAAGGCAUAAUAAUGUAGAAAUCGAAAUAAGUCCUUAACCUACACCCUGCCUUUCAAAACUACAUCACAUUAGGCAGUAAGACAUACAGUUUUAACAUUAUACUAUCAGAUUCAAAUGUUUUUAGGACCUUUGGUAGUUGCGUUACACGACAGUGAUUUUAUUGGUCACCUACAUGUCACGUGCUUUCCCAACAGCGUUGCUAUUGGUUGUUAUCGUCAUAUGCGUUAUUCAAAAUGGUCGUAUGACGUAUCCCAAUAGCAUUUGAAUCUGGAUAUGUUUUGUGCUAUAUUAUUAUACUUCUAGUUUAAAAAAUAUAUUUUGUAUGUGUACUGUCUUAUUAUAAUAGUCCAAUCCUCGGAACUUAAGUUUAAAAUGUAAUAUCCUCCUUUGAAGUCUGAUUUUAAAAUAAAUGUCAAAACACACAUUAGAAUUAUAUAUAAUUAC